GAGGAGCCUCUGAGGGGGCGGAGCAAGCAGUGGCGAGCACAGGGGGUCGUUUCUUUGCCCGAGCUGUCCCGGCGCCGCGCAGAACAGCCGCUGCUGUCGCCGCCGCCGCUUCUUCUGCAGCCGGUAGUAACAAAACUUUACAACCAUGAGCAACCCCUUUGCACAUCUCACGGAACCUCUGGACCUGGACCAGUCAGCAAAGAAGUUCUUCAAUCUGAAUCAUUUGAAAGAUGCCAGAUAUGCACAUUUACCAUUUUCUAUCAGAAUCUUGCUCGAGGCUGCAAUUCGCAACUGUGACGAGUUUCUUGUGAAGAAAAACGACGUUGAAAAUAUCCUCAACUGGAAAGUGAUGCAGCACAAAAAUAUUGAAGUGCCAUUUAAGCCUGCUCGGGUUAUUCUGCAAGAUUUUACAGGUGUCCCGGCAGUGGUUGAUUUUGCUGCUAUGCGUGAUGCAGUGAAGGCCCUGGAAGGUAACCCUGAGAAAAUCAACCCCGUGUGUCCUGCUGAUUUAGUCAUUGAUCAUUCCAUCCAGGUUGACUUUAAUAAAAGGCCAGAUAGUUUACAGAAGAAUCAAGAUUUGGAAUUUGAGAGAAACAAAGAACGAUUUGAGUUCUUGAAGUGGGGCUCUCAAGCCUUCCAGAACAUGAGAAUUAUUCCUCCAGGUUCAGGAAUUGUCCAUCAGGUGAAUUUAGAAUAUCUGGCAAGAGUUGUCUUUGAUCAGAAUGGAUUCUAUUAUCCAGACAGCGUUGUGGGUACCGAUUCACAUACCACAAUGAUUAAUGGCUUAGGUGUACUUGGCUGGGGUGUGGGUGGUAUUGAAGCUGAAGCGGUGAUGCUGGGCCAACCAAUCAGUAUGGUUCUUCCUGAAGUGAUUGGUUACAAAUUGAGCGGUAGUCCUCAGUCAUUGGUCACAUCCACAGACAUCGUGCUCACAGUUACCAAGCAUUUACGCCAAGUAGGGGUUGUGGGGAAAUUUGUCGAGUUCUUUGGACCUGGAGUUGCUCAGUUGUCCAUUGCUGAUCGAGCCACCAUUGCCAAUAUGUGUCCAGAAUAUGGAGCAACUGCUGCCUUCUUCCCAGUUGAUGAAGUUAGCAUCAAAUACUUAGUUCAAACUGGCCGUGAUCAAGAAAAGAUCAAUCAUAUAAGAAAGUACCUCAAGGCUACAGGAAUGUUUAGAGAUUUCAAUAACUCAUCUCAGGAUCCAGAUUUUACUCAGAUUGUAGAAUUGGACCUGCAAACUGUUGUGCCAUGUUGCAGUGGUCCUAAAAGACCGCAGGACAAGGUAGCUGUCUCUGACAUGAAGAAGGAUUUUGAGACCUGCUUGGGAGCAAAGCAAGGAUUUAAAGGUUUCCAGAUUGCCCCCGAAUAUCACAACCACCAUGUCCAGUUUGUCUACAAUGACAAGGAGUUUGAACUAACACACGGGUCAGUUGUGAUCGCGGCUAUUACUAGCUGUACCAACACUAGCAAUCCUUCUGUGAUGCUUGGAGCUGGUUUGCUUGCAAAGAAAGCUGUAGAAGCUGGGUUGACCGUGAAACCAUAUAUUAAAACUAGCUUGUCUCCAGGAAGUGGAGUAGUCACAUACUAUUUAAGAGAGAGUGGAGUGAUGCCUUAUCUUGCUCAACUAGGGUUUGAUGUGGUUGGCUAUGGGUGCAUGACAUGCAUUGGUAAUAGUGGGCCUUUGCCGGAAUCUGUUGUUGAAGCCAUUACUCAGGGAGACUUAGUAGCUGUAGGGGUGCUGUCUGGAAACAGGAACUUUGAAGGCCGUGUCCAUCCAAACACACGUGCUAAUUAUCUGGCCUCCCCUCCCCUGGUAAUCGCCUAUGCUAUUGCAGGGACUGUAAGGAUUGACUUUGAAAAGGAUCCUCUCGGUGUCAACGCACAAGGCAAAAAGAUCUUUCUGAAGGAUAUUUGGCCUCUGAGAGAGGAGAUCCAAGCCAUUGAACGUCAACAUGUAAUUCCAGGAAUGUUUAAAGAGGUCUACCAGAAAAUAGAGACAGUAAACAAAUCCUGGAAUGACCUAGAUGUCUCAUCAGACAAACUAUAUGCUUGGAAUCCAAAAUCCACAUAUAUUAAAUCUCCUCCAUUUUUUGAAAACCUGACCCUGGAGCUUCAUCCCCCUAAAUCUAUAGUGGAUGCCUAUGUCCUGCUGAAUCUCGGUGAUUCUGUGACAACUGACCAUAUCUCUCCUGCAGGGAAUAUAGCAAGAAACAGUCCGGCUGCCCGUUACUUGACUAGCAGAAGUCUCACCCCUCGAGAAUUCAACUCGUACGGUUCGCGCCGGGGCAAUGAUGCUGUCAUGGCAAGAGGAACAUUUGCAAACAUACGCCUAUUUAACAAAUUCCUUAAGAAGCAGGCCCCGCAAACUAUCCACUUCCCGUCUGAUGAAACUCUGGACGUAUUUGAUGCUUCUGAGAGAUACCAACAAGCCAACCACCCACUUAUCAUAUUGGCCGGCAAGGAAUAUGGCUCAGGAAGCUCCCGGGACUGGGCUGCCAAGGGGCCUUUCCUGCUGGGUAUCAAAGCAGUUCUUGCAGAAAGCUAUGAGAGGAUUCACCGCAGUAAUCUGGUGGGCAUGGGAGUCAUCCCGCUACAGUAUCUCCCCGGCCAGGAUGCAGAGUCUCUAGGAUUGACAGGGCGGGAACGUUACACAAUCCUUAUUCCGGAGGACCUGAUGCCUGGAAUGAAUAUCCAGAUCAAAUUGGACACAGGAAAAACUUUUCAAGCCAUCAUGAGGUUUGACACAGACGUGGAGCUCACCUAUUUUCGUAAUGGCGGCAUCUUGAACUAUAUGAUUCGCAAAAUGGCAUCUUAACCCCCAAAUGAAGCACUGCUCAUAUCCAAAAAAACCCUUUUUCAAAGGACAAAGGAUCAGAAUUAUAAAUGCUGUAAUUAUGAGAAAAAAAAAACCAAAAUAUACAGUAACAAGAGAAUUAUGUGCAGUUUUCCCCAGCUUAUUAGGACUACAAAGUCCACUUUCUGGGCUGGCUGGUGCUCCUGGGGGGAUGUGAUUUCAGCAGAAUUGAAGGGAAAGGCUUGUAAAGGGUUUUUUACACUGUCAACCCUUUGGCCGCUUGUCUGAUUUAUGUGUAUUUUUGAACUACUCCUUUCUACAGUACUGUUUUUCAUCCAUUUAUUUUGUACUUGUAGAUGGAACAAAAAACUUUUCUCACCUACAUAUGUGGAGGCUAGAUUCUUUUCAACAUUUUAUACAGCCAUUAACAGUACCAGUUCCUUUUCCUGCCUGCCUGCCUCAGAAGUUACUAACCCAGCACUAUUGCAUUAAAAGCGCUUAUCAAAAUCCCUCCUUGAAAUUUUAAUACUGCAAAAAUGAUUAAAUGACUCGGCUCUU